AUGUGGAUUGUCAACGUAGAUCGGUUCCAAGCUUCCAUCAACGCCGUAGCUGUCAAAGUCAUCCUAAACCUAACCCUCCACGUCGAUCUCUCCUUGAAAACCCGAAACCGCGUCGGAUUCAGCUUCAAUUCGUCGUCGGCGUUGCUCAAUUACAGAGGCCAAUUGAUCGGCGAAGCUCAUAUCCCGGCGAGCCGAAUCGCGCCGGAGAAAACGCUGCCAAUGAACCUAACGCUGACGCUUAUGGCGGAUCGGUUACUCUCCGAAUCGCAGCUCCUCUCUGACUUCAUGUCCGGCGACAUCCCUCUCAACACGUUCGUGAGAGUUGCCGGAAAAGUAAGCGUCCUCAACAUCUUCAAGUUUAAAGUCCAGUCGUCUUCUUCCUGCGAUCUCAACAUCUCUGUUUCAAAUCGCAACGUCACGAGUCAACACUGUUUCUGUUCUUCAUAA